CUCUUCCACGAGGAAGACAGAAGAAAGGAAACACCACGUGAACCCUUCCAGUUGAAAUGUUCGGGGUGAUCAUUUUGCUGGUGAUGGUGGGUGCGGCAGCAGCGCAGGUUGAUGAGCAGCUGAGGUACACCUGUCCUCCGGCCAACGUGGAACAGCACAUCUUCCGAAUGUUGUCAGAUAAUGUGACAGCGGACCCUAUCCCAACAAUGGACCAGGUGAUGAAAGACCUUUCCGCAGCACCUCCUGAGAUCCAAAAAUCCCUGGAGAAUGUGGGACAAAACAUGGAGAGUGUUGCCAUAGGUGUAUCGGAACACAUCAUGAACCCUUUUAUUAGCCGUUGCUGCCCAUCGCCUUCGUUUACCUGCAACUCCGUGAGAGUCCCGCUGUUUCACCUGAGUUACCUCGGUGGCACGUGCUACAUUCUCUUCCCGUUUAACAAGUACCACUACACCCGAUGCACGUGCUCCGAGUGUCUUGUGCCUGGCAUGUGCCCUAUAGUAGGGCGGUGCGUGGAAACCUCGUGGCAGUUUUCUCGGUGGUGGUCUACUGCCCCAGGGAGAGGUUUCCCUUCGUCAAGCUCCUCAUCCGGAUCCCCACACAGUGUAACUGCGUGCAGCGGUGUCCCCUUCUCUGGCCGCCGUUCGUCAUGAACGCGUCACUGGCCACCAUUGCCGGCCCGAGUAAGAAGACAUCGCUCACAGCUAAUUAGGGACAGACAACUCCCACAUCACACCCCAGUAGAUAUGUGAAUGAUGUC